UCUCCAGACUCCCUAGAAGCGCACAGUGGCUGCCAUUGCAACAAUAUCGUGACGAAAGAUGGCGGCCAGUACAUUGAUAUCUAAUAUCCCUUCAGAAAGAAGUAGUUUGAAGAAAACUGAUGGCAAACAGAGAGUAAAAGAUGUGGCUGCUAUCCAGAUGGAGGUUGAAGAGCCUGGUUCUCAUGAUGGUUUACAACAAUAUUAUGUUACCAAAAUAGAAGAGUUACAGGUUGUUGUUUCUGAAAAAGUGAAAAACCUUAGAAGAUUAGAGGCACAGAGAAAUGAACUUAAUGCAAAAGUUCGCCUGCUUAGAGAAGAGCUGCAACUUCUUCAAGAGCAAGGUUCUUAUGUCGGUGAAGUAGUGAAACCAAUGGAUAAGAAGAAAGUUCUUGUCAAGGUUCAUCCCGAAGGAAAAUACGUUGUUGAUCUCGAUAAAAGCAUUGAAAUGUCCCAGGUGACGGCAAACUCUAGGGUGGCUCUAAGAAACGAUAGUUACUCGCUGCAUAAAAUUCUACCAACGAAAGUUGAUCCUCUUGUGAGUCUGAUGAUGGUGGAGAAAGUACCAGAUUCCACCUACGAGAUGGUGGGAGGCCUUGAUAAACAAAUCAAAGAAAUUAAAGAAGUCAUAGAACUUCCUGUCAAACAUCCAGAAUUAUUUGAAGCUCUAGGAAUCGCACAGCCAAAGGGCGUUUUAUUGUACGGUCCUCCUGGAACUGGCAAAACUCUGUUAGCUCGCGCCGUCGCCCACCACACAGAGUGUACCUUCAUUAGAGUAUCUGGCUCAGAACUGGUACAAAAAUUUAUUGGAGAGGGCUCAAGGAUGGUCAGGGAACUUUUUAUUCUCGCCAGAGAGCAUUCUCCAUCAAUUAUCUUCAUGGAUGAAAUCGACUCAAUUGGAUCCACCAGGAUCGACUCAGGAGGCUCUGGAGGUGACAGCGAGGUGCAAAGGACCAUGUUGGAACUUCUUAAUCAACUUGAUGGCUUCGAGCCGACGCAGAAUAUUAAAGUCAUCAUGGCAACAAAUCGAAUAGAUAUUUUGGAUCAGGCCCUUCUUAGGCCUGGAAGAAUCGACAGAAAAAUCGAGUUCCCAGCCCCCAAUGAAGAGGCCAGAUUAGAUAUCCUGCGAAUCCAUUCUCGUAAAAUGAACCUCACCCGUGGCAUCAAUUUGCGAAAAAUAGCCGAAACUAUGCCUGGUGCCUCUGGUGCUGAAAUCAAGGGCGUUUGCACUGAAGCCGGAAUGUAUGCUCUUCGUGAAAGGCGAGUCCAUGUUACCCAAGAAGAUUUUGAAAUGGCAGUAGCAAAAGUUAUGCAAAAGGACUCGGAGAAAAACAUGUCUAUCAAAAAGUUAUGGAAAUAGUUUGCCAGAUGCGACGAGCCGUAAACCUGACUAUUUGGAUUUUAUUAAACAUUAGGAAAAUGCGUAUUUUUACAGCACUUUGCGAAAAGCUUGGCAAAUGCGAAGAUACGGUAUUUCGUGAUUCGCAAAAGGUUUAGAAAAUCUGGAUUUGUAACGUUUUGUUAAAAUUGAUAAGGGCUAGUGUUUUCUGUCUUUGAUGAUAAAAUAAAAUGCACAAAUAAACCUGCCUGUAAACUGAACUUAUUGUUAGUGGAGGCGUCCGACUGGCUUUGUUUAGAUGGCUCAAACUCGAUUGAGAUGCGAAUCUUAAUAAUAAGAUGCAUUUAGCUGAAUCGAGAUUCUAUUUAAACCGGAUCCAGAUGCCAUAUAAAUCUUAGUCAGCUACGUUAAGCCUAAUCGAGAUUUUGUUUAAGCUUGGUCUUAAGGCUAUUUGAACCUUAGCAAGAAGCGUUUAAGACUCCAGUCUGAUCCUAGCAAGAGGUGACCCAAGCCGAAUCCAAACUUCUAUAUUGUAGUCUUGAGUUGAUGGAAUAAUGGUUUGUGUGAGUCUGUUUUAUUUAAAUGGUAAGAACACUGUUGGGUUACUUCAGUGUUGUGCAGUCUUUACAAGUGUCAAAGUUGAAUAAAUAGAAUAGAAUAGAACGGUUUCGCUGUUACUCGCAGUCGUAUUUAGCCUAAAUGUUAUUCUUUAAGAACUCGUGGUCGACAGCACUAUGGCGAAAAUGAGAAGACCCAUUUUUGAUAAGCUAUCCGAUGAACAAGUCAGAUCUCUACAAUAGCUUGGUAAUAAGUAACAGAUUAUGUUGUAAUUUGAUUGUGAGGGUGUUUCGGUUAAUUCGUUAUAUGUAAGAAAAAGAUGGCCAUUUCCUCCAAGCCUUCCUUGUGAAGUCUUAAAGCAGUGUGUUGUAUCGUUGCGUAUUUAAUGCCAUGUCUCGAAACUGGCCUAGGCAGAUAUCAAUUUGAAGCGAGUAUGGAUGUUAAUUUGCCAAACAGUGCAAGCCCGAAGUAUCUGUUAAAAAAGACAUCGCUAGGUACGUUUAAUGUAAAGCGGUUUCAAACUUUGUUUAUUGUGUCGUAGAAUGCAGUCAAUGAAUUCCAUGUCAUGCAUCAAA